GGAGACCUUCUUUAUCUUACCUUGGAUAACAUCCAGCAGUGGCUAAUCCGUGAUAGCGGAGGAGCUCUGAUACCGCUCAGUGGCGGUUACAUACCACCCGGAAGGGACUCAAGGGGUAUUCCCAUUUCACCUGGCGCGGUGGUGGAGCUGGACUGUCUUUUUAAUGAGGCGACGGGCGAGUGCAGACCCGAUAAUUCGACUACCCUGACCACCAUCACCCUCGCCCCAGCAGCCCUGCCAAGCCCUGAUGAAGUCAUCUACCAGCACCUCCUGGUCAUGAUUCUCGACUACCCUGCUUGCGGCUUCCCCGCUACCAUCACAGAGGAAGAAAUCCGGACCCUCUACCUGGGCCCUAAUGGGGAUGGCAAGGGAGGCCUUGCUGAAAAGUACACGCAGUGCUCAUAUGGGAAGUUCAACCUCAACAUAACUGCCUUCCGGGCUGUGCGUGUGACGCACCAGUGUUCGACACCUAUCACGACUAGCUGUGGCAGCUGGGCAAUCUCGGCUCUGGCGGAUGCAGCCACCAGGCCCCUCAUCGGCCCUGUAGCCUUCUCAUCCUUCAGCCACUACACCUACAUAGUGCCACCGGGCCUUCAACCAGUGUGCCCCUGGUCAGGGCUGGCAUUAUUGCCGGGCCAACGGACCUUCCUGCAGACAUCAGCCUCUGGAGUGUACAGAUGGGCAACAGUAAUGCAGGAGGCCAUACACAACUAUGGUCUCUGGCACUCUUGGCAGAACGGUAUUGAGUACGGCGACUACUCGACAGCCAUGGGCCGCGGUGAUGCCUGCCCCAACGCUGCGGAGAUCUCCCGCAUGGGCUGGGCCACACCCGCGGUCGGAGGUGACCAGCUGAACAGCAGUGCCUUGCUGCCAGGCACAGCUCGGACCUUUACACUGCCUGCCACCUACCUGACUGGCAACAACAACUACCUGCGGGUGACUCCGGAUUGGCUGUUUACAUACAACGACCCAAAGUCAGCUCUGAACCUGUACAUGGCCGUCCGAGUAGCCAGGGAAGGCGAUGCUGGCCUAGGAUCAUCAUAUGCUUUCAAGGUUAACAUUCAUGAAUUAAAUGCCACGAUGGAUAAUGAUUACACCGCUCGUCAAUUUGUGAACAGCGACCGCAAAAUCCAGUUCAUCAACGCCGUCAGCCCCAUGUCCCAGCUGAUCCUGGAUGUCUACAACCUGGUCGUGUAUGGGGGAUCAUGGGUCGAUACAGACACCUUGAGGGUGCACCUCUGCCGAUUUACGAACUCGCCUUUUGAGUGCCCUUCCCUCGGCGACCUGGAAGCCCAGCCACCUCCGCCCCUUUCCCCGUGGCCCCCGAGCCCACGACCUCCUAGACCUCCACCGCCAAGGCCACCGCCACCUACGACCCCGCCACCAAGACAGCUGCCUCCCAGCCCGCAGCCGCCUUGUUCACCACCUCCACCAUCCCCCAGGCCCCCACCCCCCAGGCCCCCACCCCCUAGCCCCCCACCCCCCAGCCCUCCACCCCCUAGCCCUCCACCCCCCAGCCCUCCACCCCCUAGCCCUCCACCCCCCAGCCCUCCACCCCCUAGCCCGCCACCGCUGAGGCCACCGCCUCCC